AUGGAGGUUUAUAGACGCAUCAUGGAGCGUGUGCGCGGAGCGUUGUGGGCUCAUCAUCGUCGUUUAAUGCCGGAGCGCCAAUUUCAUCGCAUGUUAGCGUAUGUUUACAACAACAAAUACGAACAUCAGAUUCGAUUUGAUCGAAUGGAAGUGGUAGGAAGGGAGUGGGGUGGACGCGUUGAGGUGGUAACGACACCCUCGGGGCACAUGAAACGUGUUCGUGUUCAUCCAAGUCUAGAGGAAUUGACAGAAUACUCUCGCAAGCAAGUUAUUCUUUCUGCGUAUGCAGAUGCGUGUCGUCAAGGCAAAGAAUUAAUGAAGCAAGCUGAGUUGAACAUUUACAAGCAGUUUUUAAGAGACUUAAAGCCUAUUGUCCUAGGUAUUCGAGACAACCCAGAGUUUUAUACGGUUCCAGAAAACUCCAUUGAGAGUGUUUAUGCUACAUUAAAAAAGCAGGAAGAGCAGCCUCGCUUAACAUUUCGUACUAUACCAGCUGCAAAGGCAUAUCAACCCACCGAUGAGGUGCGCCGUCGUCACGAGUUGUUUCGGCAGUGGCUUAGAAGUCAACAAGGUUCCCGUUGGUCCCAUACGUUACGCGGGAAGGAAUAUUUUGCGAAACACGGCCCACAAUACCGUCCUCCCGGUGCUCCAGGGGCUAAGAAACAGGUCUUGCCGUUCGAGCUGAUAGCCGCGUAUACGCCCAUGGAUGAAGCACGCUUACUUAAGAAGAACUGGAUGGCAUACAUGGACAACAAACACGUAGCGGAAAGCCUAUGGACACGUACCAAGGUAGCAGAUCGCGAGAAGCAGCUCCGUAAAUUGCAGGAAACGGGGCAGGCUUGGCACCGCCCUAUUAACGAUGAUGCUCUAAGUGGGUGGUAA